GGCUGUCCAGCUGUCUAUAGCCGCUACCUCUUUGCUCUUCAUCUUCAUCAUAAGCCUUUGCCAUUAACAACCCACUAUGAAGUCAUCUAACAAACUACUUAGAUAUCUGGUAAAAUAACAACGGAAGAGAAACAGGGCGAAGUGCACAGGUUUGGUUGAAUGUUUUAUGAAGAAGUGUGAGUGACUUGCACUACAAAAAUGGGGAAGAGGAGGAUGCCAGAUCUGUACAGAGCCCCUUUUCCUCUAUAUUCCAUUAAAGUGGACCCUAAAACGGGGCUGGUGAUCACAGCAGGAGGAGGAGGGGCUUCAAAAACAGGCAUAAAGAAUGCUGUGCACUUCCUGGAUCUGCAGCUGGUUGGAGAACACCAGUACAGUGCCAGUCUACUUCACUCUCAUGAUACUGACACACGUGCCACCAUGAACAUGGCUGUAGGUGAUGGUGUGAUUGCUGCAGGACAGGACGGGACCUGUUGUGUGAUGAGGUUUAAACACUGCACACAGAAAGAAGGAGGCAAAGCUGAAGCAAAAGGUGUACGGAACAGUGUGCAGCAGGGUGAUGCCAGGCGAAGAGCUGGAAAAGGGGAUAAAGGAGGACAGGAUGGAGUCGCAGCAUCUGGAGAUGUGUCUGACAUGAAAGAUGAGACAGCUCGCAUUUCUGUGAUUGGUAUGGCUGAAGUGCAGUCAGAUCUGAAUCCUCAGGACCCACUCCAGAAGGUGGUCAGGUUCAGUCCUGACCUGAGCCUUCUGCUGACAGGAGGCACAGAUGGACACAUCCGUGUUUGGGAGUUUCCAUCCAUGAAGAAGAAGUUUGACUUCAAAGCACAUGAAGGGGAGAUAGAAGACUUGGAUAUGAGUCCAGGGAACAAGCACUUAGUGACUGUUGGCCGGGACUUCGCCUGCAGUGUAUGGAGUGGCAGCCAGUUGGCUAUGGGUCUUCAAUGGCUUGAAACCAUGCCUCAAAUACCUGAGAGGACUUAUCGAUAUAUGGCUUGCAGGUUUGGAAAGGUAGAAGACCAAAAAGACACCCUGAGGCUUUACACAGUCCAGAUCCCCCAUAAACGAGACAGAAAACCUCCUCCUUGCCACCUCACCAAGUGGGACGGAAAGAGCUUCCUGCCCAUGCUGACGGCUCCCUGCGGUACUGAGGUCAUCUCCACUCUGGCUGUCAGUGACUCUGGUACAUUUCUUGGCCUUGGAACCGUGACAGGAUCAGUGGCUAUCUACAUCACUUUCUCCUUACAGAAGCUGUAUUAUGUACAAGAGUCCCAUGGCAUUGUUGUGACAGACCUGGCCUUCCUGCCUCACUCGCUGAAAGGCAAAAAUAUCAAAGGGAAUAAUGAAACAGCCAUGUUGAGUGUAGCUGUGGACAGCCGCUGUCAAGUACAUGCAGUCCCCAACCGACGAUCCUUUCCUAUCUGGCUGGUGCUGUUCUUCUGUGGCCUCAUGGUGGUGGGAGUCCUCCUCCUCCUACAGCACCUCUUUCCUGGCUUUAUUUAAAUCAUACAAGUCUUGUCACAGGUUAGGAUUGAUGGAGAUUGGACACAUCUUCACUUGACUUACUUUGCCACCGUAAACAUCAGCAGUCCUGAGUCUAACAAACCUUCUCGGGUGGUUUGCAGCCAAACCUUCUCACAGUGCUGCACCACAGUUCCCAGCUGAGCCUAUGAAGACUCUAAACAAUUUUUAUGGCACCCUGACAUUGUCCCUCCUCAGUUCGUACUCAGGGUUGUUCCUCUCAGACUCUGUAAAACCAGUGGAAUCGAACCAGGUUACACUGGGAUUUUAUUUGCUUUGAUCUCUAUCAAUUAUUCUUAAUCUUUUUUGGAUUCUUGUUGAAGGGCUCAGGUUGAUGAAUGUUUAAAGGAUGGGAUCCUUUUAUUGACAUAUUUAAGGAACAUUAAUGUAAAAAUAUAUGUAUGGCACUUAAUGUGUCAGAUUUUGUUUUGUGUUUACACAUAAACACUUUGAAGUCGGCAGUCUCUUUGAAAAACUGCAGAGAGCAGACAGUUUACCAUCAUCUGAUAAAGGGCUGCAAGUGAAGCUAAAAUGGUAAGCAUGUUAAAACAUCCAUUAGUCUCAGUAUGUUGGAUAUUUAAAAUCAGACAUAGAGCUACAUGUUUUGACAUUAGAAGGGGUUGCCCACUGUUACGUGAAUAUUUAAACGCAAAACAUCUUCUACAAAUGUAGAAUUGCAAUAUUUUUUACAAGAAAACAGACAUGGGAAAAUAUGAUUGAAGUUUCCAUAAGCCUAUAAGAAACAGGGAGUCUAUUUAAACAUAAAGAAAAUCUUAUUUUUACAGGAGCGAAAGCUUGUUUUCCCUUCUUAUAUCAAAUACAUUGUCACCUUGAAUUUUAUUUUAACAUUCUGACUACAAAUAUGAUGCCCAGUAGAUGUACAAAAAUGUGAUUUUUUUUUUUUAAAUGAUGCCCAUAUUAUUGUAGCAAAUUUGGUGUAGUGGUACAAGAAAUAAAAUGUUAAUAAGA